AUGGCGUCGAAAGCGAAGAAUUUGAAGGGUUUCUUCAAGCAGACGAAAAGCAAGAAUACCGGAGGUAUCUCCAAGUCCAAGUCCAAACCAUCUUCCCGGAAAGUCCCCAAACAUGCGGCUACUCAACAUUCUGAUGCUACGCAGCCGGCGGCGUUGAUUUCUCACGGCUCCGUCGAUGUCAAUGACGAGUUGGAUAAGAAGGAGGAGAUGCUCAGGCAAUUUGACAUGGACAUGGCUUACGGUCCGUGCUUGGGUAUGGCAAGACUUGAUCGAUGGGAGCGUGCACUGCGUCUUGGGAUGAAUCCUCCCAACGAAAUCGAGAAGCUUUUGAAAACCGAGAAAGUCCAGCAAGAUUGUCUGUGGCACGGUCGUGUCCAGCCCUUGUAUGAUCCACUGUGA